UUUUACAAACUGACCAAUUAAAAAACGCUUCAAAGUAUCGCGUUGACUGUAUCCAUAGGAACGUGUAAAAGCAUAUGAAAACAUAAAAGCAGCUGAAAAUAUGGAUUCUGACGAAAUGAAAAAAACUAUUUUUCUUAAAAAUAUAGAAAACGAUGAAAUUUAUACUAUUUUAUUGACUGAAGAAGAAGCAAAAUGUUUAGGAGCAGAUAACAGCAUAAGUGAAAUAAAUCAUGCAGAGUCUUUACAUAGUGACCAUAGUGACAAUGUUGGAGUUUUUAAAUGGCCUCAUAAAGCGAUUCUUUUAUUGAUCGAAGAAUAUAAUUUACGACAAGAAGAUUUUAUCAAUGGAAAGAUGUCACACAAGAAGAUAUGGUCAUUAAUUGCAGAUAAAAUAAAAAAACAUGGAUAUAAUGUAACUGGAUUGCAAUGUUUGUCUAAGUUUACUGGUUUGAAACGAACUUAUAAUGGUAUUAAAGAAAGCAAUAAAAAACCUAGAUCUACAGUAUGGCCAUAUUUUUCUAAUAUGGAUGAAUUACUUCAUUCAAAAUCAUGUACAUCACCACUAAUAACAGUAUCAUCGAUUGAAAAAAAACGUAAAGCACAUUCUGAAUGCAGUACAUCUAGUCUAGGUACUUUCGAAGACAAAACGCUGGUUCAUAAAAAAUCUCGACAAAUGUCUACUAUAGAAGAAUAUAUGGAAGAUCUUCGAAAUGGACGAAAGAUUUCGGAAGAAGCUAUUGAGAGGCGUCAUAAAGAAAACUUAGAAUUACAUCAUCGAUUACUUAAUUCAUUUGAGAAAAUGUUAGAUAUUUUAGAAAAAAUGAAACGUUAAAACAAUAUAAAAGUGUGAAAAUCAUUUAUU